GCUGACUCUCUGUUACCAUGGACACAGCACAGCACCAGCCCCUGUGCAAUGGAGUCUCCCUAUCCAGGACUCAGCUGAUACUUUUGUAUCAACUUCUCCUCUCACUGACUAUUCUAACACUGAAAUCUGGGCACCUGCAGGUAAAUUAAUAGAUUAUUAUCCAGUGAGUAGUGCAGCACAUACAGUGUUCCUGUGGGAAGGGGGGUUCGCAUGGUCUAUGCAUGUUACACUACACCUGUUAACCUAUGUAGAUGCCUGCCUUAAUUACUAAAACCUACUGGGGUACUUGGGUAUUAGGUAGGAGUUGAUCUCAGUGAUACUGUAUUAAGAUUUAAUGCUACUCAGGGCUAGGAUAGUUAUUGUCAGGGAGUCAGACUGCUAUAUUAGUUAUUCUCAUAUUGUUAAUAUUAGUAAUCUGUUUCACUUUUAAAUUUGUUGGGAGUGGUAAUACAUAUGAAUAGGCCUACCUCUACCAGUACUCUAAUCUGGAGCAAUGCUGAAUAUUAGAUGUGCCUUUGUUGAUAUGUGAAUGUCUAACUAUGCAAAAAAAAAAAAAGCUUGGAAUUUAUUUUUUUUAGACCUGUAAUGCUGGCAUGUAGGUAGACAUUUGCAGGAAUUCUCUUUUUAAAUUUAACUAAUCUGGAGUCAUAACUGACUUGUAUAAUAUUUCCAUUUGUGCUAUUUUGGCAUAAAAUGUGAGGUUAGGUGGAUAUUUCCUGAUAAUUCAUGCUUUAGUGAAUAACUCUUCUUGUGAUAAAGUGAUAGGGCGACUAAUUUUAUUUCCAAACAGGGUUGCGAUCAGCCAGUACUCCAUUUAGGGGCCUAAUCAAGCAACAGGGCUUACAUGGACCAUUGUGAAACAACAGAGGACAGGGCCCUAUAAUGGACCCUACUGACAGACCUUCUUUUUCACAGGUCAACAAGCUGGUGCAUUGUGGGUAACUGCUGUGACACCUAAAAUACAUUUGGGAUUCUGAGGUAGUUGUUUUAUUUGUUUUGGACAUAAAAAGAAUUAUUUUUUUUAAAAUGAAUAAAAACAAACACCUCUUACGCAGAUUGCAUUUUUAAAACUUGUUUAGUAGUAUUAAAAGUAUUCAUUUAUGUAUUUUUUUAUAAGUGACCUUAAAAAUGCAUUUUCUUUUAAAUAAAUGCUGACCCUCCCCAUUUCCCAAAUAAUAUAUACACUCCAUUCAAUGCAUGCUUAUUACAUAUGUCAUUUUUCUUAUUUAAAGAUUGCCUCUAAAAUAUAUCUGCUAGAAUGCCUCAGUCUAGUCAAAACACCUCUCACAAGAUGCUGAAUGUUCGCUUUUCAAAUGCUGUCACAUCGAUUUUGGUGGAUACUAAUGAGCAGUUUUUGGAGACAAUUCAAAUCAAACAAGAUUCGGAGCCAAAGGAUGAGUUACCAAGGCAGCUGCAACUUCGUGUACACUUCCUGGAUUCAGCACAAAAAGACCAUAACAAAAUCCCUACCUCUGUUUUACUUUUGGAAGAACUUGAAGAGCUUCACUUGGAGAAGAACAAAAUUGAAUCCAUCCCAAAAGAGAUUAGCCAUCUUCAAAAUAUUAAGGUUCUCUACCUGAAUAAUAAUAACAUCACGCAUAUAUGUGACGAGCUAGGAGAACUGCAGCAUCUCUACAGCCUGGAUCUCAGCAGCAAUCCCCUCUAUUAUAAGACAUUAAACAUCAUUAGCAAAGUACAUUACCUCCGGGAACUUAGACUUUACAAUAUAAACCUGGAAGAGUUUCCAUUGGAGAUAUGCAAAAAACUUCAUCACCUGCAACUCCUUGGACUGUCUAGCAACUAUUUAAAGUGCCUCCCACCAGAAAUCACUAAUCUUAUACAUCUGAAAGAAAUUUAUUUGAAAAACAAUACAUUUGAGGAUUUUCCGGUACCGAUCUGCUCCCUUUCUAAUCUAGAAGUUGUUGACCUUGAAAGAAAUUCACUAACGUCAAUACCUGUUCAAAUUGGUUCUUUAACAAGUCUUCAGAAACUUUUUGUAGGCUCUAAUAACAUUUCGUCCAUACCAAAGUCCCUCUGUCAUUGUACAAGGUUGUCUGUGAUUGACCUGUCUAAUAACCACAACCUCAGAAAGCUUCCUCAUAAUUUCUCUGAUCUGAAAGAUCUGAACGAGUUGUCUCUGUCACAUAAUGAAAUUAAGAUAUUUCCAUCGCCAUUGUGCCAAGUGAAUUCUCUCUGCGUUCUAUACAUUAAAAAUUCAUGCCUAAAGACAUUACCACCAGCUAUUAGUGACAUGAAAUCUAUCCAGAUUCUAGAUCUAAGUCAAAACAAGCUAACAGAUUUCCCCACUGCAAUCUGUAUGCUAAAGAAUCUUCAGAUGCUGUCUCUGGAUGACAAUUUAAUAAGUAUGGUAAGUUUAAACUUUUUUACCAGUUAGAAACAUUGAUUUCUAAAACUGCUUUUGUGAAUAUGUAGAAUAAGUUCAUUAUCACAAAGCUCACAUGUCCCUUCUUUGUACUGAGAGGCUUCAUUUAAGGCCGAAAUUGACCUGUACCUUUUUUCCUUAAUGUCCUUCUUUUCAAAUAGCGCAAAACUUCGCAUAUAUUAGUGCGAAGGAAUAUUCUACAAAGGAAUAAAAUACAAAGAAAUAUGUAUUGAGACAGUAAAUAUUGUAGGAGACAAUAACGCUACAGUAUUGCUUAAAGGAGCACUCCAAUAGAUUUUUUUAUUUUCUUUUAACAAUUUAGGAGAUGUGCCCCCAAUUUAAUUUAAUGCAUUUUUUUUACUUCAGGCAUUUCUAAAAAGAAAUAAAUAAAAAAAAAGCUGCAGUUCUCUGCAGCCUUUGCAAGCUAUCCCCUUCUAAACUCAUUCAGACUUGCUGUAGCUGUCCAAUCACAGACUUCCCAAAGAGCUCAAUGAGAAGUUUUUGCAAAGCAGGUGCUUUGAGCAAUUGCCUGCCUUUUGAGUUUAGCUUCACUGAGCUUAACAACUAAGAGGUAUCAGGACCAGUUGGCUGACUGCCAUGGGAUGUAACAAAGUUAUUUUAUAAAAGUGCAAAUUUCUGUUGAAAUCAGCACUUUUUGUAAAACAAAUAAGGGAAACACUGUUCACGCAUAAAGAACUUUAGCAAGCUGGAGUGCUUUAGGUGUGUGGUGUGUCCAUUUAAGAGGACCUUUAUGGAACACUAGGAGAUUCAUUUUGGACCAAUCUGCAGUUUGGGUGAACAAUCAAAUUCUGAAAAUAUUUAAUGUACCCUAAUGUCUGAAAAUGCCAAAAUGUUAUUUUUGGGGGGGAGGGGAGAGGUCAAUAAUCUGACUUCCACCAGUGGCGCCAAAAAAAGAAAGAUGAUUUAUGAGGGAAAAAGGAUGAUUGAUAGCUUGGGGACAGUCACUAAAUGUUGAUUGUAUUCACAGAUCAAAUGAGAAGUGAGCAAUAGAAGGAGUAAAUAUUGUAUAUGUAAUAAAUAUAUAAUAUAUAAAUAUAGAUUCUUUUUUACUCUUUUUUUCCCUCUGUUGGUUACUUUUUAUCAUUUGAUCUGUGAAUCAAAUGGUGGGAAAAUGCUCCUAUCAGUAUACUGCAAAAUAAAUGCACAUUAUUAUAUUUGUGUAUAUUUAAUUGGUUGCCAUGAUUCGGUUUCCAAAUUGAAUUGCAGUCUAACUGAACAGACGUUUAAAUCAACCUUCAGGUUUGUAAAAAAAAACAUGACGCUGAUACACUGGCGUUAUUGGCAGAGUGCCGGCAUCUGAACGGAGUGAUGUCACACUGUUCCUAUACUUCCUAGAUAGCGAUCGGAGCGCUGGCUGGGGAAUUACCAUAGUGCAUGCAUUGUGGUUGCUAUAGGUGGUGAGCAGAGUCUCUUCUCUCUGUCUCUCAGUUUCUUGUCAUUGAGUGUCUGCCAAGAAACUGAGAGACAGAUGGGAGAAAAAAAUAUUUUUAAAUAUGUUUUUUUCCAAAUCUAUACAUUUGCUAGCACAAUAUAUAGAUGGAAUUUCAAGCUCUUUUAAAAUAGCUAAAGUUGUUUUUUUCCAUAACAGAUUUCCUUUAUUAGCGGACAGGGCGCUGCUAUUGGUUUGGCAUUAUUUGUAUUUGUUUUGUGUAUGUUCUGGUCAAUUACUAUGUUUUAAAUUAUGAUUAUAUUAAACGCUGGAAGCACCAAACAGCUAAUGAGAAUGUCCCUGCUGUUCUCAUUUCCUGCUUUUUCUGAAAUUUAAUUUGUGUCAGCAUGUAUUCAUCUGACUUUUCAAAUGCAAUAUGUAUUUAUCAUAAAGUGUUAAAGUUACAGAAUAAGUCUCAAUACAAUGUCAGGUCUUGGCUGGAUUAUACUGAAUAUCUUAAAUAACAAUACACAGAGCAAUAUAAUCCAAAUGCCAAAUGUAUAGGUCAGUAUGGAUUGUUUAUGUUACAGAGGCGGAUAUAUGUACUGGAGCAUAAUAGAAGGAGGAGGGAAAGAAGGAUGGAGUAGUAAAAGAAAAGAUAUCUGAGAUAAAUAAAGAUAAAAAUACAGGUCAAAUGAAAUAGCAAAGGGAGUAAGCAGAAACCAGAACCGAAAUACAAAAAGUAAGAAGAAUUAGGUGAGCAAACCCAAGUGUCAUUUUAUACCCCAGUAACAGAUAAUUCCAUGCAGGACAACCAAGUAAAUUAAAGAGCAAAUCCAUUUUGGAUUGUCAUAUGAACCAUCACAAAUCAUUCUUAAUAGGACACUAUAGGCAUCUAGAUCACUUCAGGUCAUUGAAGUGGUAUGGGUACGCCCUGCUUGAGGAUAUGCAGCGUCAGUGAAAACCUCAUAGGAAAGCAUUGACUCAAUGCUUUCCUAUGGGGAGGGCCUUAUGUGCGUUAGCCCCCUGUCGGCUGACGUCGGAGUAGGUGGAGCACCAAUCCAGCACUGAGGGAGAUUGUUGCUGGAAUCAGGGAAGUGGAAAAAAGGGUUUUAACCCUUUAUUGGCAGGGGAGGGGCAGAGGGGUUCAAGGGAGGGGGUAGGAAGAGGAACUAUAGUGUUAGGAAUAUAGAUUUGUAUUCCUAAUAGUAUAGUACCCCUUUAACACUCUGUAUUACAGAGGAAUGUAUGAGUUGUAAUGUAAACAUAUUGUACUAAUAGAUAAUUUGGGGACAUAUAUUGUAAAUCUUGUGAUUCAAAAAGAGAGUCAAAGGUAUUUUUGAGGAUUUUAAAUUUGAAAAUAUAAAUGAAAGCAUGCCUUAAACUGAUGACUAACAAAAGUAAAAUAAAUAAAUGCUAUUCAUUUAUUUAGAAAGUAAGAAGAAGAAUGUAACAUACACUAUUAUUAUUUAUAAAGCACUGCUAAAUUCCACAGUACAAUGAGUAGAUUUAAUGAGAAUCCUACCAUAUUCAGUGUUGGUUCUUGAAUAUUGUAUUUUGCAAACUGUAGAAUUUCAGAUUACCAACUAUUCUGGAAGACGUCAGCAAUAUCAUCAGCAAUGUUUAAUGUUUCUUUUAUUGCACAUAUAUAUUUAUGCAUCAUUCAUAUUUGGAACAUGUUGGGUUUUCCAGAUUCCACCAGAGGUGAAGUUGCUUACCAAACUUAAUUUCCUGGGACUAAGUGGAAACAGGUUUAUUGCUUUCCCAGAGCAAAUAUGUGGGAUUGAAUCCUUGGAGAAAUUGUACUUAGGACAAGAUCAGGGCAUCAGACUUUCCAAAUUACCAGAAAGUAUAUCUCUCCUAAAGGUAAGAUUAGAAAUGCUGUCAAUUCUGUACAUAACUGUGAAAGUUGUAACUUGGUCCAGGCACUCAUUUUUUUUUAACAUGAUUUAAAAAAACAAAAAACUUAUAUGGAGUGGUUUUACACCAUACCUGACAGACUGUUAAUUCACACAAAAGUGUGGAUGGGCUGAGAUCAAAAUUAGAUCCUUGAAGUGGGCAUGGUGCCUGGAGUCUGUAUUUGCAGUGUUUUGCUAUGAAAUGCUGCACAUGCAGAGUUUAACCCCUCUGCUGCUGGGGGUGUAAUGCCGACUCCUGCAGCAUCAUUAGGGUGCCAUUAUCCAGCCUGGAACAAAAGUAUUAAUUUAUGUGUAUUUCAAAUACCUAUAUUCAGUAUACACACAGCAUGCUGGCGACAAGUCCCUCUGUGCCGCCACUGUCCUCCCUUCAGCCGUGCCCUCCCUGUCAUCCAUCCCUCUCCAGCGAGAGGGGAAUGAUGUCAACAGAGGAGGAUCUAACCUGACCUCGGCUCUGAAAAAGAAGGUUGUUUAUUAGCGAUUUAUUUCUUGUUUUUUUUUUUUUUUUGUAGACAGAAACCAGGAUAGUAAGGGUUGCUCUAAUCAAAAACAGUGUUUAUUUAAACAGUAUUCUUUUAGUUAGAGUAACCUUUUAAGCUUUUAAGCAAAUGCUUCAUGCAAUAUUUUUUAUAAACAUGUAUUUUUAUGUGAAUAUAUGUGUUUUAUGUGUACAUUGUGUUAGGGCGAGUAUUUGAAAAAUACAUUUGCGUUUGAGUAUGUGUGCAAUCAGAAAACCCGUGUGUGUAUAUGUGUAUAUUCAAAGUGAUUGCAUACAUAUGCAUCUGGUUGUUUAUAGAACUAGUGUGCAUUUGCAUGUGUUAAUUCUCAUUAAGAAUGUAGGAAUUUUGUUUCGAUAUGGUAGAAGACAUGGAUGCAUACCUCUGAACUGUCCCAAAUUUAGGGUUUGUUCUGUGAUAUAUAUAAUCUGGACUGAGGACAACAGGAAAAUGUGCUCAAUUAGAAUUUAAUAGUGCUGUUGUGCUGCUUGCGUUCCUUCAAAACACUAACACCAUAGGCAGAGCACUUCACGAGUGAUCUACAUAUGGUCUGCCAUGAGAGGGGCUGGACAGAGUGCCUGAUGCCCAAAUCCACAAGUGGUGUUACUGGGUAAAUAGAAGUCUGCAUUUAUACAUUCAGAAACUUUAUACAAAUAAGCACCUGCAUUAACAUGCACUCUUGAGCUACACAUUAAUACAUCCUUUUGCCUCCCAACAAUGGGAGAUAUGGAGAUGCAACAGACAGCUGAGUGGUCCAGAUGGGAGAGUCUGAAAUAAGUGGGUCUAUUUUUUUCAAGAGGCAGGCCCACCGUAGUGUGUUCCACAUUGUGUCUGUCAGCUGUGCCAACACUGAUCAUGUGUUUCUGCAAUAUGCUUAUCUCUCUCCGUUAGCAUAACAGAUGUGCUGGGAUGAAUUUACAGCUUUCUCAACCGCUUCCUAGUCAGGCAGAGCUUACAGAAACAGAUGGAAAUACCAGGAAUCUUCCAGGAAAUGCAGGAACUUUAAAGAGAUUCUUAUUAUUUCAUAUGUUUUUUAUAUUUUGAUUGCAUUAUCUAUAUAUUGAGUGGACUCAAGCAAGGAGUGACUCUUUAAUUGGAGUACUGCUAACACAUGUAUAGCCAUUAUGAAGGAAGAGUAAGUGUUUAUUCUAGAAUUGCCUUAUGGUCUGUGGGCCAUAGACAUUAAUCCAGAAUAGGGAAACUUUGUGUACACAUAUUUUCUUGAAUUCUGGUGAAGAAUGCAAAAUGGUGCAUAAUGAGACCUCCUAAGCAAAACCAGAGGUAAAAAGAAUCACCAAUGUAAUACUGUGUGUCUGUGUUAAUAUGGAUAGCUUAACUAAGCAAUUCAAAUAUUUUCUCUUUUUAUUCAAUUAGAAUUUGAAAGAAUUGUACAUUGAAAACAAUAAUCUGCAAUUUCUUCCGUCAACCUUAAAUCAAAUGCAACAUUUACAAGUUCUGGAUUGUCAUAAUAACCUUCUCAAACAACUACCAGAGACAAUCUGCCAAUUACAAGGUACAGAAAACUGUUUAUUUUGUAAAGCUUUUUGAAAAGAUAACCCUGCAGAAAGACAGUAGACCCUUCCUCUUCACCCUUUUCUAUCACUCACUCUAUUCUUUAUCUCUCCUUCUUGUCCAUCUCUCUCCUCCCAAGUAGUAUUCCCCAUUCACCUCUUUGGCCAAGGACUCUCUACUGCAGUUCUUUGUUCAAUGGUUUACAUCUCGUUAACACUAUUUCGUGUAAAUUUUGCAUACUGUAUAGACAGAUUUUAACAGAUCAUUGUCAACUCACAGAUUUGUAAUUGAUAACCCCCAGAUUUGUCAUCUCUUAUUGGGAUCUAUUGUCCCUGAUGAUCAAAUUGUAUACACGUCUGCAGUCACUUACCACCUAUACAAGCAUUGUGGGUAACUAUGCCAGCACUGUUUGCUUGUGUAUUAUAUUAAUAUAUUUUUACACAAACUAAUAUCACAUUUCAUAUUAUUUUUUGUGCCAAAAUUGUAAAAUGCAACAAAUAAUGUAAAAACAAAAAAAAGAGGAAAAGAAGAUAAGGGAAGCUAUCCCAGAAAAAACAGUUAGUAGAAUAGGAUAUGUGGGUUAAUUAUUUAGUUGGCUGAUUUAGUAAUAUUCUGUGCUGCUAAAUUAUAUUGUCAUUUUGUUCAAAGGUUUGCAGAAGCUGCUUCUUCAUAACAAUCAACUGCCUGGGGUACCAUGCAACCUGGACAUGUUGCAGAUGCUCGAGGUGUUGCUUUUAGAAGAAAAUCCCUUGACUGAUCCACCCAUUGAAUUGUGCAGCCUCGGAAAAUCUGCUGUUUGGGAAUAUCUGAAGCAAAAGAGACGUAAAAAUGUGUUGGCCACAAAGGUAUUAGAUUAAUUGGUGUGACCAUGUGUCAUGACAAAGUGACCCCAACACGCAGAAUGUAACCCAAAAAUGAGAAAACUUAUUACCAGACCUUAGAAUGGCCGGGUAUAACGUGGAUAGCAAGAGAAUAGUCAAGGAAUAACCAAAGUCUAGGAAAACCAGAGAUCAGGAUAACGAUGAGGAAUAGCCAAGUCAGGGAACCAGAAAUCAGGAUAAACGAGAAAAGCGAGCCGAGUCAGGAUACCAGAAAACAGAACAGUCAAUAUAUUAUACAAGCCAAGUCAAAUACCAAAUAGCACAGUCAGGAAGCCAUAUAGCACUAGAGGGAACAACCAGUGAACUACAAAAGGGCACUGAACUAAAGCAAAAGGCGCUCUUUUAUUGGGCAGCAUCUUUUGCUUUAAAUCCACGCACCCAAAACAUCAGGGAGUGUGGCAUACUUUGAAGUUGCACAGCAUGGCCGCUAUGACGUCGGAAUGCAUGUACCGCAUCAUAAAAGGGGGCUUGUGUGGAGCAACCGGUGUCCAAAAUGCCGGGUCAAGGCCAUGAGGAGUCAGCAGCCGGAGCACCAUCUUGUGGGACCCAAGGUAAGGUAUCGUGACACCAUGAUGCUAUUUAUUUUUAAUUUGCAAAUAUAUGUCUUAGAGCAGACUUUCUCAACCAUUUUUCUAAACCAAGUUCUUUUUUCACUAGAAUAUGACUUUCUGACAGAAAAUUUGUCCAUUUUCAUUCACGCUAUUUCCCUUCAGUUCAGCUGAUAAAAGUAACUUUAUUCGCUAUCUAUGGAUUUUAAAUGACACUGAGCCAAAUGGGUCCUUGCUAUUUAAGAUAAUGGAUCUUAGUGUUGCAACAAGAUUUGCAGGUCAAAGGCAAUCACAUGUUUCUGCUAUAAGAAAAAGAAAAACAUGCUAAUGUAACAGUAGGACUUGGUGGUGUUGAAUUAAGGGUUGGGUCACGGAUGUACGGCUAAAAUGGGUUGGAUGCUAUUGGUGUAAUCUCUGUGUUUUUUGUCAGGGAAACUGGUUUUAAUAUCUGAACAGUUAUUUUGUGAAUAACCAAAUAGAGAGAUGUGUCUGAUUUUAACAGAAACUGUACAGUUAGGGAAAAAUGUAUUUGAUCGCCUGCUGAUUUUGAAUGAUUUCCCACUGACAAAGAAAUGAUCAGUCUAUAAUUUUAACGGUGGGUGUACUUUAGCAGUUAAAGACAGAAUAACAAAAAAAAAUAAUCCAGAAAAACGCAUGUCAGAAAAGUUAUAAAUUGAUUUGCUUGUCAAUGAGUGAACUAAGUAUUUGACCCAUUCGACUUAGUACUUGGUGGAAAAACCCUUGUUGGCAAUUACAGAGGUCAGACGUUUCUUGUAGUUGGUCACCAGGUUUGCACACAUCUCAGGAGGGAUUUUGUCCCACUCCUCUUUGCAGAUCCUCUCCAAGUCAUUAAGGUUUUGAGGCUGACAUUUGGCAACUCGAACCUUCAGCUCCCUCCACAGAUUUUCUAUGGGUUUAAUGUCUGGCGAUUGAUUGGGUCACUCCAGGACCUUAAUGUGCUUCUUCUUGUGCCACUACUUUAUUGCCUUGGCUGUGUGUAUUGAAUCAUUGUAAUGCUAGAAUACCCAGCAUGGCCCGUCCAUCGUCCCUAUGAUGCGGUGCAGUUGUCCUGUGCCCUUAGCAGAAUAACAUCCCCAAAGCAUAAUGUUUCCUCCUCCAUGUUUGAUGGUUGGAAUGUUCUUGGGGUCAUAGGCAGCAUUCCUCCUCCUCCAAACACAGCAAGUAAAGUUGAUGCCAAAGAGCUCCAUUUUGGUCUCAUAUGACCACAACAUUUUCACCUAGUUCUCCUCUGAAUCAUUCAGAUGUUCACUGACAAACAACAGACGGGCCUGUAUACGUGCUUUCUUGAGCAGGCGGACCUUGCGGGCGCUGCAGGAUUUCAGUCCUUCACGGCGUAGUGUGUUACCAAUUGUUUUCUUGAUGACUAUGGUCCCAGCUGCCUUGAGAUUAUUAACAAGAUCCUCCUGUGUAGUUCUGGGCUGAUUCCUCACCGGUUUCAUGAUCAUUAAACUCCACGAGGUGAGAUCUUGCAUGGAGCACCAGACCGAGGGAGACUGACAGUUAUUUUGUGUUUCUUCCAUUUGCAAAUAAUCGCACCAACUGUUGUCACCUUCUCACCAAGCUGUUUGGCGAUGGUCUUGUAGCCCAUUCCAGCCUUGUGUAGGUCUACAAUCUUGUCUCUGACAUCCUUGGACAGCUCUUUAGUCUUGGCCAUGGUGGAGAGUUUGGAAUCUGAUUGAUUGCGUCUGUGGACAGGUGUCUUUUAUACAGGUAACGAGCUGAGAUUAGGAGCACUCCCUUUAAGAGAGUGCUCCUAAUCUCAGCUCGUUACCUGUAUAAAAGACACAUGAGAACAGGAACUCUUGCUGAUUGAUAGGGGAUCAAAUACGUAUUUCGCUCAUUAGCAUGCAAAUCAAUGUAUAACUUUUUUGACAUGCAUUUUCUGGAAUUUUUUUGUUUUGUUAUUCUGUCUCUCACUGUUAAAAUACACCUACCAUUAAAAUAGAGACUGAUUAUUUCUUUGUCAGUGGGCCAACAUUCAAAAUCAGCAGGAGAUCAAAUACUUUUUUACUAAUUGGCUGAACUAUGUGAAUUUGUACAUAUAGCUACCUUUUAGCUCUUAGUAAAAGAUCCUUUUGUAGGCAGGUACUGAUUUUUCCCACUAUGUGCUUCAGAUCCAGGCAAGGUGGCGAGGACAAAUGGUACGGAAAGGACUCGGACCAUUCGCCUAUUUACGCAACAUAAAUCAAAAAGGAAAGAAAACAAAAAAGGACAAGAAAACAAAGGGGCAAGCAAAGAAACCUCAAGGGAAAGGAAAGAAGAAGUGAACAUGAAAAAAUAGUUCCUUUCUAAUAGGAGUCCUGGAAUUUUAAAAAAUGUCAGUCUUAAACUAGGAAAUACACCUCAACCUCAUGAAAUAGUAUAUCUAGCCUUGCAUUUGUUCCACUUACAUGUACGCAUUGAAGUAGCCUUCAAUUUCAAUAUGUACAUUUUUAUUCACUCCUAAACCUGCACAUAAUGAAUUAGAUCUUUAAUUAUUACUAAUCAGAAAUAUGAAACCAUGUUUAAUAACUGUAUGAGUCAGAAUGGAUGAGAGGGCAAUGUUAUGGCUACAAUGAAUCAGGUAGUUAUGCCAAUGUAAUAUUUAGUUUCUGAUGUCAUUUCUUUUGCCAUAAGCACAGACAGGGAAUCCCAUGGACCCAAUGCUGAAUGUGUUGGCAUUUAGUAACAGAAGAGGUUAAAUCAUCAAGAAAUGGGGGUGGAGCUACACAGCCUUUCAAGGCAGACGCACCUUCCCGCAGCUCCGAGAACUAUCUCGACAUAAUCGCCCCUAACACUGCAGAAACCAGAGACAUCGGUACGCAACUACCUCCAACAUGUUAGGGAGGUGAUAGCGAAUCGGCGGAUGCCCUUCAUUUCCCCCGCAAGAGCUAAAACUAGCGCCGAGGUCUUCGAGCCUACCACGUUGUAAGCCUGCAGCUUACUGGAAUGGAGGAGGCCCAGAGGGUACUGUAACCCCUGAAUACCACAGCCACACCUCUCCAGCAGUGGAAAGGGGGGCAAAUCACAAAAACCGACCCAAUCGACCACCAGAGAGGGCUAGGACAUCAGCCAAAUGCUGACCUCCAGAACCAGAUGGGCAACACCACUGAGCCCUGAAACCGCAAGCGACCCACAUGCAGAGAUGCUCUCCAUAAAAGAAAAGAGUAAAUAAGAGUGGAGCAGUGUAUCAUAAAAUAACUAUUUAGGUGAUAUACCCCAAAU